AUGAAGUUCCUCCUUGCAUCCCUUUUGAUCUCCCAAGCUGUUGCUUUCGCUCCUAUUGCCCAAGGCAACGUCAACACUGCCCUUCGUGCCGGUGACUACGAACCAAUGGAGGGCGAAGGCAAGAUGAAUAUGAAGAUUGACCUUGAUUCGAAGAAGGUCGUCAACAUGGAAGAACUUGCCGCUGGUGACAAGAAGGUUUACUGCCGUUGCUGGUUGUCUGGUACCUUCCCUCUUUGUGAUGGUACCCACGCCAAGCACAACGAUGCCACUGGUGAUAACGUUGGACCACUAAUUGUUUCCGGGCCCAAGAAAGAGUAA